UGUUCAUUGUUCUCUCUACAUAUAAUUGAAGGGAUACCAAUGGAAACUGAAGAAGGAGAAGAAGAAAGAAACUUAAAAUAAAGCCCCGGUUUAUUUUGUUUCAGUGGUGUAAAUGCUGUAAACAUGCGUUUAUAUAUAAGGAUCCCGAGCAUGUAUGCUCCCUCCUGUUGCCACCUAUGAGUCACCUGGCUGACCAGGAGGAUCUGUAUGCCACCCUAGGAGUCCAGCCAUGUGCUAGUGCUGCCCAGCUGAAGGCGCGCUACCAGGCACUCGUGCGCGCCACCCACCCGGACAAAGGCGGCGCCGCCGCCAGCGGCACGGCGUUCCAGCGGGUGCAGCUCGCGUGGCAAACGCUCGGCGAGCCGACAUCGCGCGCGCUGUACGACCGGCAGCUGGCGGCGGCGCGCCUGUCGGGCCCCGCCGCCGUGGAGGACGAGUUGGCGCUGGCCGAGCUGGAGUGGCGCGCCGACCUCGAGGCCUUCUGGCGCGACUGCCGCUGCGGCGACGGCUUCCGGCUGCCGCGGCACGAGCUGACGGCCGGUGCGCUGCUCGUGCCGUGCGACUCGUGCUCGCUGACAAUCUGCGUGCUCGUGCCGGCCGAUGGCGACGCCCGGCUGGAGCAGCGCCCGCCGCAGACGAACUGCUUCUUUGGAGCCGUCCGCCGCACUGUCCAGCAGCAGCUGGAGUGGGGUGCCGAAUAG